AUGGUCAUGGAUUCUGAAUUUGUUGAUGUAUCACAAGGAGAUGUAGGUUCUUCCUCAUCGAAUAUGCAGACUUAUGUUCCUAAUGUAGUGUGCGAAAAAAUUCCAAAAGUUGGACAAGAGUUCGAAUCAUUUGACGAAUCUCAAAACUAUUACAAUGAAUAUGCUAGGGAGGCUGGUUUUAGUGUUCGAUUGUCUUCUACGAAGAGGAACAAAUCUAAUGAAUUUAUUAGAAGGGAAUUCGUUUGCUUCAAAGAAGGGAUUCGGGAAGAAGGAAGUUCAAAAUCUAAUUGUAUUAGGAAACGUGGUUUAACUAGAGAAGGAUGUAAGGCAAAGAUGAUUGUUGUGAAGUCAACUUCUAAGCCAGUUUUUGUUGUUACCCAAUUUCAUGCGAUCCAUAAUCAUAUACUUACAACACCAAGGAAGGUGCAUAUGUUACGGUCUCAUCGUUCCAUGUCAAAUGCAAAAAAGGCACUAACACAACAAUUUGCUGCUGCGAAUAUCCCCAUACAUCAACAAAUUAGUAUUUUGGAGGUACAAGCUGGAGGUAUAGAAAAUAUUGGGUGCAUCGAGAAAGAUUUUUACAAUGCUCGACGAGACGAAGUGAAGUCGUAUGCAGGACAUGAUGCUCAAAUGUUAUAUGAGUAUUUUCAGGCAGAAAAGGACAAGAAUCCUGAAUUCUUUUUCACCUUUAAAAUGGAUGUUGAAAGCAAGGUCACUCAUUGUUUUUGGGCUGAUUCAGGAUGCAGAAGAGCAUAUGCUGCGUUUGGGGAUGUUGUGGUUUUUGACACCACUUAUAACACCAAUCGUUAUAGUAUGAUAUUUGCACCAUUUGUUGGAGUGAAUCAUCAUGGGCGUACCAUACUCUUAGCAUGUGCAUUUUUAAGUGACGAAACAACAGAAUCUUUCUUAAGGCUUUUGCAACAAUUAUUGGCCGCUAUGCCAGCAGGUGCUCCGAAAAUGAUUAUAACUGAUCAAGAUCCCGCUAUGACUAGAGCUAUUGGUGAGUUAUUUCCCCACACUGUGCAUAGAUAUUGUAUGUGGCAUAUCUUGAGCAAGUUUUCAGAGAAGUUAGAUGCAAUAAAGUGGAAAGAACACUACACGGAGUUCCAUAAAUGCAUAUGGGAGUCUGAGAGUCCAGAUGAAUUUGAAGUGGCAUGGUCUAGGGUGAUUCAGCACAGUGGUUUUUCUGGCAAUGAGUGGUUGAAAGGGUUGUACGAUAUUCGACAUAAGUGGAUUCCUGCUUAUGUUAAUGGAACAUUCUCUGCAGGCAUGUCCAGUAGUCAACGAGUGGAAGGUUGUCACUCAUUUUUCAAAAAAUUUGUGUCUAAGAAAAACACUUUGAUGGAUUUUGUGGUGAGAUUUACUCGAGCAUUGAAACACCAACGACAUCAAGAGUUAGCUCUUGAUCAUAAAGAUGUCAACGAGCACCCUAUCCUUAAAACGAUGUGCCCAAUAGAGAAGAAAACAAGUGAGUUAUACACACAGAGCAUAUUUUAUAAAUUUCAAGAAGAAUUGUACCAAAGCAUGGCUUACAUUGUAGCAGUUGACCAUGAUAUUAUAGAUAAAUGCAUGUAUCAUGUUCAUAGAGAUGAGAGAGGUGAUGGAAGGGUACGUAAAGUAAUAGAGGAUAAAGCUACGAAUUACAUGAGUUGUAGUUACAAGAAAUUUGAGUCUUGUGGCAUUGUUUGUCGGCAUAUAUUGGCUACGUUUAGUAGGAUUCAAUUGGCAAAACCAUUGCUGGAUGUGUAUAUGUUACGUAGAUGGACUAAGGCUGCAAAAUCAUUGAGUCCAUUUAAUGUUGCGGGUGAGAGAGUCAAUUGUGAUGCUUCACUAGUUGUAUAUCACAAUACCUUACAUAAACUUGCAUCAAAUAUAAUUGAUGAUGCUUUUGUGAGUCGCGAGACUUGUGAAUUGGCAAUAGAAUUGUUUGAGUCUGUUCACAACAAGAUCAAGUCCAUGUCCUUAAGUGAUGGACAACAAUCUAUUCCAAGUGUUGCUCUUUCAGAGCCUGUUUAUCAAGAGCCGGACAAGGUUGUGGAAAGAGGUUAA